AUGCUCUCUCCGACUCGGCGAAGUAACGUUAGAUGGGCAUCAGGCAUUCAAGGCACGCCUUGGCAGCCCAACAGCCUCGGCCGCAUGCUUUUUCAGCUUUGGAAGCAGCUGCAAUGUCGCCCCAACGGUCUGUUUGACUACCGAAGGAUCCGCCAUGAUCAUUUGGUUCCAUCUACGAAGACAAGAGUCGAGCCGCUCGAAACAGAUGCGGUUGACACCAUGGAGUCUGGGUUUAACAGCACAAAUACAGGAACACACAGCGAGGUCUCAAGGAAACCAAUGGGGAAAAGGGAAACAAGCCUGGAGACGCCUAAAUCUAUCCACUCGAUUCUGGAAACACAGCUAGCUAAUGAAGUCCUGCUGAGACGAUUCACCGAGCAUGUACUGGACGUACGGCAGGAAGAACUCGAAACGCAGGAGGCGGAAAACAAGAAGUUACUGAAGAAACUCGAGACGCUCAAGAAAGAGCUUUCUGAUGCGCAAUGCCAGCUCAUCGAGUCUCGAAGCCAGUCCAAGGCCAAGUCGAAACAAUUACAACAAGCCAAAGACCAGAUUUUCCGUCUACAGCCGAAGCGGAAAGACAUGACGGAGUCUGAAGCCCAGCAGGCGUACAAGAUGCUCUGCGGAAAUGUGCAGCGGUGGGUUGGGAACCGUCUGGGUCCCAUUCUGGACGAUAUGGAAACCGGACGCUUGCGACAAGUACCGAGCGGCUCGGCAGCGAGACUCGCGCCUCUCAUCAGAGAGCCGGCAAAACGCUGCAUUUCCGUGGACAUGUCAGACGAGCACCAUGUCAUCGCCAUCAUCAUGUAUUACCUCUGGAUAGAACUCUUUGCCAAAUCAUUCUACUGUCCGCUGGACGACACUGUCGACGACGCUACGGUGACGUGGAUUGACGAGGUUGAAGCGGCCAUGUCGAAGCUGCCGAGGGAUGCUGCUCACUGCCGCGAAUGGAGAAGCGAGACCCUCACGGCGUUGACGAAAGAGUCGCUCUUCAAAUCUCGAAGGUCGGCUUUCAUCAGCCUCGUCUCCGAGGAGCUCGCCUCAAAGAUGUCCAUCCUGGUUCCCAAGAUGUCUCCUGCGGAGCUUCGCAGCUCGCUGCGCAGGACGAUUGUAGAACCAGCAGCCGACUUGGCACAUGCGCUCGACCUUGCGUCCAAUAUUUACUCUCUUAAAUGGCCAGCCCGGAACGCAAGCACACGGCUUGAGGUGUACGAGUGCACUCACCUCAGCGAUGGCCUCAUCCUCGACCUUGGCGGUACUGGGCCGAAUUCCUCCGCCCGACGCAACGUCACUUAUCUGUUUGACCUGGCCCCUGGGCUAUUUGUCGAGAGGAUCGAGGGGGGAAGGAAAGCUCCUCUAAGAGCGAUAUGCAGACCCAAGGUACUGGUGCAUGCAGGAAUCGAGGAAGUGCCUAGGGAUGCGACGUUGAUGAAAUGGCUCUGCGACGGCUCGAACCUGUCUGGAUCACAUGACGGCUUGCCACGGACAGCAGCGCAAAGGAGUAAGAUUCCCAUCAUCCCUUUCCGCCCAUCCAAUCUCUGA